AUCUCAGUUGUUGCGUGAUCAGCUGACCGAGCAGCUCGGUUGGUCAGUGGGACGAGCAGCUACAAACAAGCCGACAAGGAGGAUAGUUUCUGUUUUUAUUUGCCCCGGAGGGAAACAUUCGUCGAUAAGCCUUCCACAAGAAGGACAUGUUCCAGUAGGACUCAUUGUUUCUGACACAUCAGCAUAAUGUCGGGGAACAGCCUGGUUCUACCCAUAGUGCUGUGGGGCCGCAUGGCUCCCACCCACUGCAUCAGCAGUCUGCUGGUGAUGGACGACUUCAGCACCAUCAUCACCGGCUGCCAUGACGGCCAGAUCUGCCUCUGGGACAUGACACCUGAGCUGGAGAUUUGUCCUAGGGCCAUGUUGUUUGGUCAUACAGCCUCCAUCACCUGCCUGUCAAAAGCAAGCGCGUGCACUGACAAACAGUACAUUGUCAGUGCAUCAGAGAGUGGAGAGAUGUGUCUGUGGGAUGUGAAUGAUGGACGCUGUAUUGAGUUCACCAAGCUGGCCUGCGCUCACACUGGCAUACAGUUCUAUCAGUUCACCAUCGGCACACAGAGGGAGGGACGUCUGCUUUGUAAUGGCCACUACCCAGAAAUCCUUGUGGUGGAUGCCACCAGCCUUGAGGUCCUGUACUCGCUGGUGUCCAAGAUCUCUCCUGACUGGAUCAGCUCCAUGAGCAUCAUCCGAUCCCACCGAACCCAAGAGGACACAGUGGUGGCAGUGUCAGUGACGGGGAUUUUGAAAGUCUGGAUCAUCACAGCUGAGGUCAGCAGGAUGCAGGACCUGGACCCUGUGUUUGAGGAAGAGUCCAAACCCAUCUACUGUCAGGGCUGUCAGAGUAUUUCCUUCUGUACCUUCACUCAGAGCAGCCUGCUGGUUGUCUGCUCCAAGUACUGGAGGGUGUUUGAUGCAGGUGACUACUCGCUGCUCUGCUCAGUGCCCAGUGACAGCGACCAGGCCUGGACCGGAGGAGAGUUCAUCGCCGCAGACAAAGUCAUCAUCUGGACCGAAGACGGCCGCAGUUACAUCUACAAGCUGCCCGCCAGCUGUCUGCCAGCUAGCGAACAUUUUCGCAGUGAUGUUGGGAAAACCAAAGAAGGCUCAAUCCCUCCGCUGAUCUACAGCAUUGCAGAGCGCUCAGACAAACAGCUCCUGAUCUGUCCUCCUGUGACCCGGUUCUUCUUCGGCCGACGGGAGCCCUUCCAUAAGCUGCUGAUCCAGGGUGACUCAGCGGGCAGACUGUCCCUGUGGAGCAUCCCAGACUCCUCGCCUUUGCAGCCAGCGUCGACCGCCGCAGAGCUGCAGGUGUCGUCCACCAUCAGUCUCCAGGAGGCGUUUGAUAAGUUGACCCCUGUGUCUGCAGGGAUCAUCGACCAGCUCAGUGUCCUGCCUGGAAAAGAAGAACCCAUUAAGGUGACAGCCAGCGUGUACAUCCCCUCUCAGGGUCGUCUGGUGUGCGGUAGAGAAGACGGCAGCAUCAUCCUGGUUCCUGCCACUCAGACCGCCAUCGUCCAGCUGCUGCAGGGGGAGCACAUGCUCAGGAGAGGCUGGCCUCCCCAUCGUACCUUGCGAGGUCACCGGAACAAGGUGACGUGCGUCCUGUAUCCGUACCAGAUCUCUCCCCGCUACGACCAGCGCUCGCUGGUGUCCGGAGGAGUGGACUUCUCCGUCAUCGUCUGGGACAUUUUCACCGGAGAGAUGAAGCACAUUUUCUGUGUCCAUGGAGGAGAGAUCACGCAGCUCAUCGUCCCGCCUGAAAACUGCAGCACUCGGGUUCAGCACUGCGUCUGCUCGGUGGCCAGCGACCACUCCGUCGGCCUGCUCAGUCUCAGGGAGAGGAAGUGCAUCAUGCUGGCGUCGCGACACCUCUUCCCCAUUCAGGUCAUCAAGUGGCGUCCAGCAGACGACUACCUGGUGGUGGGAUGCUCUGAUGGCUCCGUCUACGUCUGGCAGAUGGACACAGGAGCCUUGGACCGCUGUGUGAUGGGUAUAACGGCAGUAGAGAUCCUGAACGCCUGUGACGAGCUGGCUCCGGCCACUGUGGACGCUCUGAGCCACUCAGCUGUGAACCUGAAGCAGGCGAUGACUCGCCGCAGCCUGGCAGCACUGAAGAACAUGGCCCAGCACAAACUGCAGACACUCGCCACCAACCUGCUGGCUGCAGACAACGCUGACAAGGGCAACUUGCCGAAAUACUCCCAUAAUGCCCUGGUGGUCCAGGCAAUGAAGACCAACCUGACGGACCCUGACAUGCACGUGUUGUUCUUUGACGUGGAGGCGGUGAUCAUCCAGCUGCUGACAGAGGAAGCCCAGAGACCCAACCCCACGCUGGUGUCUCCAGAGACGCUGCAGAAGAGCCAGGCCGGGGCUGACAAGGGGGGGUCCUUCCUGGCAAACAAGAUCUUCAAACAGGUGAAAGAGACAAUGAAGGAGACCAUCAAGGAGCACCUGUUGGACGAAGACGAGGAGGAGGAGGAGGAGAUGAGGAGGCGAGAGGAGAAGUCCAAGUCUCUGAGUCUGCUGGAGUACAACCUGACCAUGGACACGGCCAAACUCUUCAUGUCCUGCCUGCACGCCUGGGGUCUCAACGAACAGCUGGACGGCAUCUGUCUGGAGCGGCUGGGCAUGCUCAGACCGCACUGCCCCAUCUCCUUCGGCCUGAUCUCCAGGGGAGGACACAUGUCCCUCAUGCUGCCCACCUUCAAGGAGUCCUUGCUGCGACAGUUGUCCCUUGCGACGGGUCUGAAGCUGACCCUGUCGGACAUCGUGGGGAAGGGGACGUACGGGGUGUCGAGGGCCGUCACCACACAGCACCUCCUGUCUGUGAUUUCACUGGCCAACACUCUGAUGGGCAUGACCAACGCCACCUUCGUCGGAGAGCACAUGAAGAAAGCACCAGCCAGGCCUCCCAGACCAGGAGGAACCCCGGAGACUCCUCGCAGGAUGCUGGCCGCCCCCCCUCAACCCUCCAACCCGGCGCUACAGGCCCAGAUCAAACAAGCUGCUGUAGCUGCCACAGCCAGUGCUGUUACUACUGCUACUGCUGGGGCUCCGGGGGCCCCCGGGGGCCUUCCUCAAGGGGCCCCUGGCUCCCCCAGCCCCGGCCCUGCUUCUCAUAACAUCCCCUCAGUCAACGAAGGAUGGAGCCAGCUGGCAGCCAUGCACUGUGUGAUGCUCCCUGACCUCCUGGGCCUGGACAAGUUCAGACCUCCUCUGCUGGAGAUGUUGGCGAGAAGAUGGCAGGACCGCUGUCUGGAGGUGCGAGAAGCAGCACAAGCUCUCUUAUUGGCUGAGUUAAGAAGGAUUGGCCAAUCAGGACGUAAGGACACCAUCGACAUGUGGGCUCCCUACCUGCCUCAGUAUGUGGAUACUGUCAGCUCCCCUGGGUCGACCACUGAGCCCUCCCCUCCAGCCCCGCCUCCUCCUGAGGCUCAGCAAAUAGAAACCAAGGUGCCUGAGGAGGAAAUGGAUGUCACGGAUGAUGACAUCACAGCAGGCUGUCUGUCCAACCUUCCACCAAAUGCGAAGAAGAUCUCCAACUCGUACGAGGAGCGCCGUAAACAAGCCACUGCCAUCGUGCUGUUGGGGGUCAUCGGGGCUGAGUUUGGCGCUGAGAUUGAACCUCCAAAGGGUGCAGCACGGGCUCGAGCCGGCGGACAGGCGCCUGAGGGCUUCGGACUGACGAGCGGAGGGUCUUCCAACUACUCACUGGCCAGGCACACAUGUAAAGCACUGACCUUCCUGCUGCUGCAGCCCCCCAGCCCCAAACUGCCUCCCCACAGCACCAUCCGCCGCACCGCCAUCGAUCUGAUUGGCCGAGGCUUCACCGUCUGGGAGCCGUACAUGGACGUGUCGGCGGUGCUCAUGGGACUGCUGGAGCUCUGUGCUGACGCCGAGAAGCAGCUGGCCAAUAUAACCAUGGGUUUGCCCCUCAACCCGCCGGCUGACUCAGCUCGCUCAUCCCGCCACGCCCUCUCUCUUAUCGCUACUGCCCGCCCACCAGCCUUCAUCACCACCAUUGCAAGAGAGGUUCAUCGGCACAACGCAGCUCAGGCAAACUCUCAGUCGCAGCAGAACGUUCACACCACCACUCUGGCCAGAGCCAAGACUGAGAUACUGCGAGUGAUUGACAUCCUGAUAGAGAAGAUGCCUGGAGACGUUGUGGAUCUGCUGGUCGAGGUGAUGGAUAUCAUCAUGUACUGUAUUGAAGGUUCUCUAGUGAAAAAGAAAGGACUGCAGGAGUGCUUCCCUGCUAUUUGCAAGUUCUACAUGGUUGGAUACUGUGACCGUAGUCACCGCAUCGCCGUUGGAGCUCGCCAGGGUUCAGUGGCCCUUUACGACGUCCGUACUGGAAAAUGCCAGAACAUCCAUGGUCAUAAGGGUCCGAUCACAGCGGUGUCGUUUGCCCCUGAUGGCCGUUACCUGGCAACUUACUCCAGCGCUGACAGCCACAUCUCUUUUUGGCAGAUGAACACCAGUCUGCUGGGCAGCAUCGGGAUGUUGAACUCUGCCCCUCAGCUUCGCUGCAUUAAGACCUACCAGGUUCCUCCUGUGCAGCCGGCAUCCCCGGGCUCCCAGAACUACCUGAAGCUCGCCCGCCUCAUCUGGACCUCCAACCGCAACGUCAUCCUCAUGGCCCACGAUGGCAAGGAGCACCGCUUCAUGGUCUAAACAACAUCUGUGUCUCCAGCUGAGCCCCCGGUGUCCAGUAUCUGACAGACCUAGACCUGUGUUACGGUUUUUGCUCUGAGGCAGUCUUAAGUUUUAGCUUCAAAUAUGUAUCUUGACCUGCUGAGUUCAACAAUUGAUGGAGGCUGAAAUUAAGUCAGGCUGACAGUAAAAGCUCAUUCAAAGGUUUGUCUUUAAAAAAAAAAAAGAAAAGACAUUUCACUUGAAAAAUCUGCAGCCUGAUCGUCAAAGUAAAAACCCAGCUCAGGUCCAGGUUUGGACUGUGAUAAUUGUAAGGACACCCACUCUGUAAUAUAUUUAAAAGCCGUGAUAGAAGGCUUGUUUACAUUAUGAUUUGCAUUGAUGUAUUUUUUGUUUUGUUUUUACACUUUGUUUCCAUUCCUAUUUAUUUGAGAUGUCACAGAUGUCCUCUGUUGCCAUCUUGCUGGAGCCAUUUGGGUCACAACUGUUGCUGUUUAUUCAAAACUGGCUUCCCACCUAUUUUUUAGUUUACUUAUUAUUAAAUGUUUGUAAAUUAUUGCAGGUAUUUGUGGAGUCACUUUGCAGAAACAGUGAUUGGAACAUGGUAUAACACAUACCCCCCUUUCUAACAAUGUGAACCUAGUGCUAGUUCUGGGCUGGUGCUAGUGCCAGUUCAGAGUUGUUCAACUUGAGAACCUUCUAAGAACCGGUUUGCUUUUCCACGGGCUAGAGAGCCACCUUAGGGCCAUGUCAUUACUGUGAUGUUGCAUUACAUUACCAGCGUAGCUCGCUGUUGGUCAACUAAGGUUAUCCAAGAAGUCAUACUACUCAUUUUAUCGAUGAGAAAAUAGUAGCUAUGCUUGCUUGGGUAAUGUUAGCUGACCAACAACUAGCUAGCCUCAAUGCUACAUUUGUAACAUCUACGUGCUAAACAGCUAAAACAUUUAUAGAUUACUGGCCACAAGGCACCCCCAGCCCCUGUUCUAACAGCUCUAGGUUUGAAACCAGCAAAGUGGUGCUGUGUUGCAGCCAAUUUUCCCGGCCAAGAGCCUGUUCUGUUGGGGCCAAAAUCAAAAAACUGGUUUGAGAUUAGGCACCGGCUCUGAACCAGCUGUACAGCUGACUUGAAAAAAAAAAUGUAACAGGGACCCAGAUUGAACCAGUUUACGCUCUUUUUUAAUUUUCUGCUUUUUAAAGUUUGCUUGGAAGUCAAAAAGUGAAACAACCUAAAAGUAAUUUCUUUAAUUUUAGUUGCUGGAAUGAAUUCUUUCUGGUAGACUGUUGAAAACAUUGCCCACUUGAAGGCUUUGGUACUCUCUGACCUCUGUAAGACAAGUACACACUUUUCACAUCUCAGACUGUGUGUGUGCGUGUGUAUGUGUGAGUUUGUUUGUGUGAGUGAGUACUUUGGUGAUGGGUUUUAUUUUGUGACACCUUGGACUCUUUCCCAUCCUCUCUGAGAUUCAUGCAGAAAUGUGUGUGUGUGUGUCUGAGUGUUUACACCCUGAGUGUAUUUUCACAAACACACAUUCUCACUUCAGCCGGCUCGUCCUAAAAGCACGAUCACAUUAAAGCUUCAGAUACUGGAGGUGCAGCAUUACUCACUGCAGAUAUUUAAAAAAAAAAAGACAAAAACUAAAACAUCUUAUUAUUUUAGUCACAUUUUUAGGGGAUAACGGAAACACUGUGUUGUUCAACAAAAGAAGUUCCGUGGUACCAGUCCUAACUCACUCCUAGUAGCUGAUUUGAUUUGUUCUAAAAGGGGCAAAAGAUAUUUUGAUAAUUAUCAAAAGUUGGUCAUUUUUAUUCAAAAUGUCUUCCCAUCCUUGAUUUCACUUUGCAUUGAGUCUGAAUCAGAUUUGUUCAGCCUCUUUGAGUCUGUUUUGUCAGUCUAGUCAUUCUUAAACAGUUUGGUGUUCUCAGCCUGUUUUAUCACCGGAUUCCAUUCUAUGUUCACAUUUUGCUCCAAGUUCCCAAGUUUCUUUUUCUCCUUUUAUUUUUGUUUUGCGGGUCAUGUCACUCACUUCCUUCUGGCUUCUCUAGAGUUUCCAUCCCCUUGGAUGUAAAAACUCUUUGUAUGUUUGAAGGAAAACAACUCACUUGUUUUUUAUGUGAGGAUUGUGUGUUUUUUUGCAGACAAUGAGGCUUUAUAUGUCACUGAUAGAUGUGAAGACUACUCUUCGUCCUGCAAGUUUUUCUCUUUCACUUGCUCAUGUGUUGGGAGGGUAUGUCUAGAUACAAAUGUGUACAUAUACAGUAUAUAUAGAUAUAUAUAUCAGAACUGCUGCGUAAUGUAGUAAUGUUAUUCCUGUACAGUGAGCUUUGAUCCCAUUUGGUGUAUUUGUUGUGGCUAAUGUGAUUGUCUGCCUGGCACUGACUAGUUGUUCAAAUGAGUGAACUUUAGAUUUUCACUUUAGAUUUUUCAGAAAAUGAGAAGUGAUUUUUCUUCUUUUAGUUUUAACAAGAAACAUAAACUGGCCCAGAUUAUUUAAAAUUAGCUAAAAGGUCCAAAAAUGGAAAAGUCUUCUUAUUACACAAUCCUUUUAUUGAAAGAAACAAAAGGUUAUUAAUAGGACACAUUUACAGUUUAAUAACUGCAUCUGUUCUCUUAAAUCUGCAGUAGGUAAUUUUAAUAAAAAUAUUUUCCUGUCACAUUUGCUGAAACUUCAACUAUAUACCCUACAGUAGUACAUAAGAGAGAUAGUCUAGGAAGAAAACAGGUUCCUCUGGCUUGUUAAGUGCUCCUAAUGGCAUUUGCAAGAAUCCACCAGGCCUGUCAAAGUUGUUGACCCUUGGAAUGAGACUUUCUUUCAGGCACGGUGCAUUUUCACAAAUGUCAGUAGGAGCACUAGGAGGAGCCAGAGGAACAUACUACUGUCAUGAUAUAGUGAAAGUUUCAGCAAAUAUGACAAAAAAAUGACUUACUAAAUUUUGGUAACAUUCCUCGAAGGCAUGAAUCAGCUCAACAGCCAGGAACUAACCAUGUGAUUGCUUCUUAUAAGGAAUGCUAACAGCUUUAACAGCACAAUCGGUUUAGAGACUAACAGCAGCUGAAAAGGUUUUUGUGGACCUCCAGUGGUUUAAUUUCUCACCUUGCUUCAUUGAUGUAGAAGUGUACUCAAGGGUGUGUCAGUACACCAUGACAUCACUGUCAGGUGUGUGGUUACAGAUGCAACAAAGCACACUUCUUUCCAGCAUGAGUCUUUGUAGUUGGUGACAUGUUUUUGCACAUUGGCUGUUGGUCAGGACCUUCUUGUUUUAAAAUGUUUGAGUGUUCAGAGUUUUAUGCAGAAGAUAAAUAUAUACAUAUAUGCAGCUACAUUUAUAGAGACAGUGUUCUGCCAGAAUCAGAAAUCAAUUGUUUAGAUGUUUUUAUUGUUGACAUGUUUGAAUAAUUUGACGCACUAACUAGACACUUAACUGGCUUUAAUUCUAUAUUUUCCACUUCAACUUUCUUCCCUCUGUCCCUCCUCGUCUCUGUCCUCCCCCUCUCCUCCCUCCAUCUCCUGUCAGUUUCAUUAGUGUUGUCAGAAAGCUUCUAACACUGUUACACACCUGUAAACCCGAGUGUGUCAAAGCUUUUCACAAGUUCUUCCUCUCCUUUAAAAAAAAAAAUAUAUAUAUAUAUAUCCAGCAGCUCGUCAGAUGGGUUUCUCAAAACACACACACAAACACACAAACACACAAACGUCAAGUCCAGACAGUUUUGAGAUCUUAAUCUUUCGUUUUCUCCACCACUCUUUACAGUUUGAGAAAAUAUGUUUUUGGCAGCCUCACAGGGGAGGAAAGGUGAGAAAAAUAAAGAAGGCAGAGAGGAAGAGCUGAAGAGUAAGUAACAAGUGAGGAAGAUCAGGUCACCCACCCAGAAAAAGAAGGUUCUGUGGUGGAGCUAGUGAACCGAAAUGUCUGAAAGAAUCUUCUGGUUCUUCUUCAGAUAUAGCAACGUGGAAAAAAUAAGACGACAUGCGAAGCAGUUGCUGAAAACAACUCAAACACUGCAGAUGUUUUUGAAAUUGAGCUUUACAGCACUCUAAAGAUUAUUUAUGACAAUGUUACACUUCUGUGACUUGAAUAUGAACAUGAUAAAUACAGAAGGAACAUUUUUACAUUUUUAGGUCCCUUCAUUUUCUGACGUUCCUCAACCCUCGUGUUUCCUGUGAAACUGAACUCAUAAAACAGUCUCUUCAGUCUGUCCCUCAGACUGUGAAUAACAAAUUUACCUCUAGUGUCUGAUGUGCGAUGACCAGAUUGAUUGUGUUUUAAAAAGUGUUUGCUUAUUUAGUUGUCAGCAGCAAAAAUUUAUUUCUGAAUUUCACACUAAAUGUAAUCAGCAAUUUUUCUCAUUAAUUUUGCUUUGAUUUGAUUAUGUGUUUAUACAGUGAACUCAGCCUCAAUAAUUAAGUGUGUGUGUCUGUGUGUGUGUGUGUGUGUGUGUGUGUGUGUGUGUGUGUGUGUGUGUGUGUGUGUGUGUGUGUGUGUGUGUGUGUGUGUGUGUGUGUGUGUGUGUGUGUGUGUGUGUGUGAUGUAGUGCAUGUAUAUAAGCUUCCCUUGCUGUAACACAGAGCAGGUUGAAUCUACUGUGCAUCGUAUAAACAUGUGUUGUGUUAAAAUGUGUUGUUGUUGUUGACUGUGUCCAAUAAAGAUGAAAAUGAAA